AUGCAUCUCUCCCGGCUGUUGUUGCUGCUCGCACACCCUCCGCUCCCGCUGCUUGUCUUGAAUCUUUUUCAUCUCCUCGGCGUAUUUACAGAACGUGCUUCCGAACUUGGCCCACACUUUGUAGGGCACCGUGAUCGAGUUGCGGUACGUGGGCUUCACCUCGCUCACGCGCAUGAAAACGCCGUACUUGUUGGAGCCCACGUCGAAGAAGAAGCGCUUGUUGUCCACAGUGAGCGACGUGCCUUCAGGCAGCUCGGCAGGUUCAUCCUCCACGCCGUAGUCAUCGAUAAGUUUGGCGAGCGCGUCGCGGAACUCAAUGAGACCCUGCGCCGGCAGUGCGAUGGUCUGGCCCUGCGCCGAGCCCAAGCCAGGCCCCCGGUUUACCGUCUGUCGGAUCCGCAGGAAGCGGCCGCGCUGGUUCUCCUUCAGAUCCAUGUAAUACUUCCGAUUCUCGCGCACCAGGAACUCGCUCUUGAGUGCUCGCCUCGGCUCGUCUUGCACCGCGUCCGGGUUGCUGGGCCCCAACUGCGCGUAGUGCUCGAUAAAGUCCCCGAGGAAGCGGCCUUUCGCGUUUUGCUUUACGUCCAGGUAGAAGCGCUUGUUCUGGAUAUCGACGCGCUUGGACGCGAGCUCCUGUGUGUCGUGCUGCAGGCCGGAAGCCGAGCCCGCCCCUCCUGCCACCGCGUGCAUGGAGCUCAGAGCCGGGCCCGUAGCCGCUCCUCCCUGCUCACUUCCACUGUCUCUGUCCGCCAUGAUGCCUGCCUGCCUUCUCCCUCCGUCUGCUGCAACCUCACAGCCAGCCAGCCAGCCACGCGGCCGCUCUCGCGAGAUUUCUGCAAAGAGACAGACAGUAAUCGCUUUAUCCCAGCCAUGUUGGAUCCGGAGAGUAUCUGGCAAUACUGGCCGCGAGGCGGGAAUGCACCCUGGAUGCGACCUACACGUUUCCAUAAACCCGUUCACUUCGCCAAUUCACCUACCGACGUUUUUUGGAAAUGGAAGAAAACCGGAGGAAUCCCAGAAAAACACGGGGAGAACAUGCGACACAGAUCAGACUGUCGUCCCUGGAGCUGUGAGGUGGCAACCAGCUCCACCACCAUGCUGCACAUCUGCAGCAAGUGCGUUUUACAGGAAGGAGGGAAAGAGACGCAAAAAAGCAAGCUGCGAAGGCCUACCGUGAACACUAGCGCGUCUCCCUUUCGCCGCUCCAAAGAUGGAACGAAAGAGCGAGUCGUGGCAUGGAGACGGAUGCACGCGAAUCUUGCACGCCGUACGCCGGCUGUCUGAUGUCAGCACGCUGCCGGGAAGAGAGAGAAAAAAAAUACGUGCGCCUCCUGGCGUCUG